CCUCCAAUGGCGAGCGAGCUCAUCGACUUGCCGGAACCGAACAGCGAAUACUCAGACUCUGACGACGAGGAUCGCAAGAAAUUCGAUGCUCCUCGGUGGGCGACUUCGCCUGAAGUCAGGGCACAAUUGGAGGCUCAGCAGACCAUGAACCCGGAUGAUAUAUUUGGGGCGGGAGUGAGGCCAUUGAGGAUGGAGGAGAUUUUCAGAACGAGGCAUAGUCGAUUCCGGGCGAGGACGAGUUCUGCGAAUUGGGCGGGGAAUGACGGCGUGACGGAAGAGGAAAACGAGGAGUAUGCGCGUCGGAUGGGAUAU